AUGAAACGAUGUGACAGGAAGCUCCAGGAUACACGCGGAUGUUUGGACUACGAUAGACACGCAGAGGUUUGGACUACGAUAGAGACGCGGAGGUUUGGACUGAUAGAGACGCGGAGGUUUGGACUGAUAGAGACGCGGAGGUUUGGACUGAUAGAGACGCGGAGGUUUGGACUGAUAGAGACGCGGAGGUUUGGACUGAUAGAGACGCGGAGGUUUGGACUGAUAGAGACGCGGAGGUUUGGACUGAUAGAGACGCGGAGGUUUGGACUGAUAGAGACGCGGAGGUUUGGACUGAUAGAGACGCGGAGGUUUGGACUGAUAGAGACGUGGAGGUUUGGACUGAUAGAGACGUGGAGGUUUGGACUGAUAGAGACGUGGAGGUUUGGACUGAUAGAGACGUGGAGGUUUGGACUGAUAGAGACGUGGAGGUUUGGACUGAUAGAGAUGCGGAGGUUUGGACUGAUAGAGACGUGGAGGUUUGGACUGAUAGAGACGCGGAGGUUUGGACUGAUAGAGACGCGGAGGUUUGGACUGAUAGAGACGUGUAGGUUGGGACUGAUAGAGACGUGGAGGUUUGGACUGAUAGAGACGUGGAGGUUUGGACUGAUAGAGACGUGGAGGUUUGGACUGAUAGAGACGUGGAGGUUUGGACUGAUAGAGACGUGGAGGUUUGGACUGAUAGAGACGUGGAGGUUUGUGCUAUCGGUUUUCCUAGAGGAGUAUCAUCUACACAAUUAACAUUUUACCCAUUGGUCAAAACACGUGUUUUUGAUUGGACACCCGAUAUUAAAAAGAUAAAAGAAUCACAGAGAGACACAGAGAGAGAGACAGAGACACAGAGAGAGAGACAGAGACACAGAGAGAGAGACAGAGACACAGAGACAGAGAGAGACAGAGAGAGAGA